UCCACGGGCCCGCCCAGCCUCCCGCGCCGCGGCGCGCCAAAGUCAAAGUGCGGGUCCCGCCGGCGCGAGUGUGACGCUGCCUCCCGAGCUCCCAGCACCGCCGCGCUACUGCAGGUCCCGAGCCCGAGCCGUCGCGAGCAGGCAUGGCCACCCCGCCUAAGAGGUUCUGCCCUUCUCCCUCCGCCAGCUCCGAGGGGACACGCAUCAAGAAGAUCUCCAUCGAGGGGAACAUCGCUGCUGGGAAGUCCACGUUCGUGAACAUCCUGAAGCAAGUCUGUGAGGACUGGGAAGUGGUCCCUGAACCUGUUGCCCGGUGGUGCAACGUUCAGAACACGCAAGAUGAGUUUGAGGAAUUGACAACGUCUCAGAAAAGUGGUGGGAAUGUUCUUCAGAUGAUGUAUGAGAAACCUGAACGGUGGUCUUUUACCUUCCAAUCCUAUGCCUGUCUCAGCCGGAUCCGAGCUCAACUUGCCUCCCUCAAUGGCAAGCUCAAAGAUGCAGAGAAACCCGUAUUAUUUUUUGAGCGAUCUGUGUAUAGUGACAGGUAUAUUUUCGCAUCUAAUUUGUAUGAAUCUGACUGCAUGAAUGAAACAGAGUGGACAAUAUAUCAGGACUGGCAUGACUGGAUGAAUAGCCAGUUUGGGCAAAGUCUUGAGCUGGAUGGAAUCAUUUAUCUUCGAGCUACUCCAGAGAAAUGCUUAAGUAGAAUAUUUUUACGGGGAAGAAACGAAGAGCAAGGCAUUCCUCUCGAAUACUUAGAGAAACUCCACUAUAAACACGAGAGCUGGCUCCUUCACCGGACUCUGAAAACCAACUUUGAUUAUCUUCAUGAGGUGCCUAUCCUCACACUGGAUGUCAAUGAAGACUUUAAAGACAAGCAUGAAAGCCUGGUUGAGAAGGUGAAAGAGUUUUUGAGUACUUUGUGAUUGAACGGAAGACUGCAGGCAACAGAAUGUCUCCAGAAGCUUCUGUCUGCGUGUCCUCGUAGCUUGAUUUCAUGCGAAGGUCUUCAGAGGAGUCACGUUUUUAAACCAGUUUCGUUUUAAGGAGAACAACCUUUUCUUUGUAUACCUAUUUUAUUUAAUAUUCAGAAUCCCCGGUAAAACGUUGUGUCCCUCCUUUACUCCCUUUCUUCCUUGACUUCCCUCCCUCAGUUUUGAAUCAGGUGUUCUCUCAAACACAGGAAGUGUGGAGGUAGAUGUCCCCAGAAUCAGUGACAUGAGUGGGCCACUGUUAGGAAAGGCCCAGCCGUCUUCCUUCUCGGUUGUUGUCCUGAGCAGGUUUUCCUUGUUGUCUCACUCCGUUAGUAUUACAUAUAGAGGGCGUACGUAUUUGUAAGUUAGCAUAGCUAUUACAAGCUGAAAGGCAUAGUUUGGGGAAUCCCUAUAAUAGGGAUUUGUUUGAAGUGUGUUUGUUUUUCAUCUUGUUCCCUUUGGUGGUGCUGGACAUUGAGCACAGGGUCUCAUGCUGGGGAACCUUUCUACAGUGAAGUUUCUCAGCCCUGAGUGUUGUUUUUAUCAAGUACCUCUCCCUUCACCCCACUUAAAGUUGACCAUGUGAUCAUCACCUCAUUGAUGUUUAUUCAUGUGUCUGUGGUGCAUUUGUAGAGAAAGAGGUUAAAUUCUGUUCCCAGUGUGGUAAUGGUGUAAUUACUUUAUAAAUCAUUUAAUCUUUACAUGUUUCUUCAUCUGCGAUGAGUACUUGUUUCUUUUUUUUUUUUUUUUGUGAAAGUAAAUUUUAGAGAAUGGAAGAAUAUUUAAAAGGUGGCUAAGACAUUUAUUACAUGAGUAUAAAACUUCAUUAAAUUAGCUACUGCUUUUCCUGGAUUACUAUAGUUUAAAUGCUUGUUUAAAUUAUGUUUUGCUUUUGUUUUCUUGGUUUUUUGUUUGUUUGUUUGUUUGUUUUUUGACACAAAGUCUCUUUACAGCUCUGGCUAACCUGGAAUUCAGUGUAAAGACCGGGCUAGCCUUGAACUCAAAAGAGCUCCACCCACCUCUGUCUCCGUUCAUUGUUGUCCCCCCCCAGAGCUGGCUCUGAUUUUCUUGAAAUCACUUGAGAUACAAGAAUAGGUUUUCCUCUGUUUCUUUCCGUUUUUAUGUAAAAUGAUGAUAGAAUAUAAUGACAAGUUUUGCAUUGGCCCUGUAUUGAAUUAGUCUCUCUGCCUUUAUACAUGGUAAGACACAGAGGUUGAUGGUGGAGCACUUCAGCUCUUCUGUCUGCUUGUGCCAGGCCAUCUAAGAUGGAAGGCACACACUUCUGCUGGGAGACUGUUGUGAUCACAACUUCACUUCAUAGUUUGCUUUGUAGAGUUUUUCUAAAAUUUCUUAUACUUACAGAGAAAUAGUUGAUAAAACAAUUUUGCUUUAUAUAUAGUGUAUCAUGGAAAUGUUAGUUUUUUUGUUGAACUAGGAAAUAACUUUAACAAAUUCCCAAAGGCUUUAAGUUCCUGUCAACAAUGCAUGUAUCUCUAAACCUCUUUGAUGUUUAGCUGGGAACAUCCUGUGUAUAAUUAAAGAAGUAUUUUUAUUGUUUUUUUUCCAGUGUAGUCUUUUAAGUUAAGUUCUGCGUUAUUUUUACCAGGUAAUUAGCCUUUCUACUUCACAUUAGGAAAAACGUAUAAUUUCUUGAAAUGAAGAAUUGCAUUUAUUUUGAAGCUAUAAUUUUCCUUUGUAAAAAUGUUACCUUUUAUUUUUGGUUUCUUAUUCAAAGAUGAUAAUUUAGUGGGUUAACAAGUACAGUAGCACUGAUCUUUGCAAAGCGGAUUCAACUUUAAAUCUGUAAUAACAAAAAAUAAAUUGUCUUGUGAUGAUAUAUCUGACCUUUUUCUUGUUUGAUAUAAAUAAGUUUGGCACCUUAAAUGCUUGUUAAUAAAUACAUUUAAAUUUUUUGAACUAUA